AUGCACGGGCAGAGUAACGAAGCAUCCACUCCUGGCGUAGUUCGGGGCUCUCAUCACCCGGCUACCCCAUUCCCCUGGGCUGGACAAGUCCCGAAUGGGCCCAACAUCACUCAAGGUGCAAACUAUCCAGUCACAGGCAUCUCCCCUGCGCCUGGUGCUGGAAAUCACCAGAAUACCAUCAACGGCUCCGGGAAUCAAGCCAUGGCCAACCCACAACAGGCUUCUAUGCACAAUCAUACGUCUUCACGUGUUGGCAGAUUCAGCAGCGGCAACCGGUUUGUAUCGAUGGACAACUUCUUCGUGCCAGCCACGCCAGGGAAUGUCUCGAGCUACUAUGACCCGCACACUCCACUGACGGUCAUGUCCAAUCCAACUCCUCUUGCUGGCAACAUGUCUAUGCACCCCGCUCCGGGAGUCUAUUGUGCUUGUCCUCACCAGCUCAACUGCCCUUAUUCUCAAGGACUAGUUUUCAAUCCCGGCCCUCCGGCUGGACCAAAUGGAUUUGGCGGUCCUGGUGGAUUGAACGGACCGAAUGGAUCGAAUCCUUUCAACUGGCCCGGGAAUGGCAAUGCCUUCUUCAACUCGCAAACGCCGAACGCUCCGUUCUCGAGUGGCCCUGGCUACCAAGGCGCUGAUCACUUCUCUCAAGCUGCCACCCUGAAUCCAGGUCCCCUUCAAACCAUGCGUACCCCCACAGGGUACGUCACUCAGAACCUUGAGGCACUCACCCAGCGGGAGCCAGCCAUCCCCCGUGCUGUGCCUUCUGUUUGGAACGACCCUGCCGAGGUGAAUCUGUCCAAAUCCUUGGAAAACCGCGAAGGCAUUCGAAAUGUCUACAUUCGUGGCCUUCAUCCGAAUACUACGGACCAGAUGAUCUACGACUAUGCCAUUCGAUUUGGGGACAUUGAGCGCUGCAAGGCCAUUGUCGACCUUGAUACUGGUACAUGCAAAGGCUUUGGUUUCGUUGAGUUCAAGACCCUUCUCUCCUGCGAGAAUGCAAUCCGCGCUUUUCAUUACCUGGGAUACCAGGCUAGCUUUGCGCAACGUUCCCGCAAUGCUCGCCUCAAGGAUUUGGAGGAUAAGUCGUCCACCAACAUCUAUUGUACCAAUAUCCCGGUCGACUGGACCGAAGCUGUACGAUUGCCAAUUUCCUUCAACGAUAUUGUCGAUGCUAACUCAGGAUUACUGGCAAAGGAUCUCCGCCGUCACUUCGAGCCCUACCAAGUGGUUUCGGAAAAGAUCAGCCGUGACGAGGCCACUGGCGUGAGCAAGGAGGUUGGUUUCGCUCGUUUCGAAACCCGCGAGAUUGCCGAGCAAGUACUGGCCGACUUCCACAAUGUCACAGUGCCGAGUGACAACGUCAAGCUGUUACUGCGCUUCGCCGAUACCAAGGCCCAAAAGAUGUUGAAGCAACAAAGCAACCAACGUCGGGCUAUUCGCUCCGGCCAGUACAGCAUGGCUGUUCAGUUUGGGCAACAUAUCACCCCAUCGCCCAAUACUCAGUCAGGCCAACACACCGGGGCCACGGGGAUUUCGCCUGCCUCUGAGCAGACUAUGGAGAUCACGCCGGAGUCCCAGCCAAGCGUGAUAAUCUACACUGGCGAUUCGGGUCCAGCCAAUUGGAGUCCUGCGACCUCAACCACGUCGCCCAUCUACGCAACUCCCCGCAAGCUCCCCCCCAGCUUCCACCGGUUGACUCAGUCGGACCUUUCGCCCGCAUUGGAGUGCAGCAAUGUACUUUUUGGGACUAACACCACGCAUCGCCGAUCCCUGACUGAGAACUCUGUUUCGGCAAAGACCGUGCGAGUUGGGACUCCCAGCCUCGGGUCACACUCUCCUGUGUCGAGUCCACGCAAUGGGGGUCACGCCAUGGCCUCUCGGCCUCGCAAUUAA